AUGGGGGAUUUGGAUGGCGAUCUCCCUUAUGAUUGGGAGGAAGACCUGGAUCUGCUUGAGGAUCCUUUUCUCGCUGCUUAUGACAACAAUAAAGUCAAUGAGACUUGGGAGCUGGAGCUGGAGCAGACCAACGAACUCCCCGACCUUUAUGAGGAUCGCGUGCCUUCUCAAGCUUUGGAAGCACCAGCACCAUCACCCUUCAUCGAUGAUGAGCUGCCCACAUCACAUAUUCCAGGACCGCCGAUGCUGGUCAAGGCUGUACCGGAAGCCCCAUUACAGGAGCAGCCGGUGUUUGACGAAGAUGGCAAAAAAGUAGGCACUAUUCUACCUGCGAUGACCAGCAAACCUCCGCGGAACAUAUCGAUCGACAUUCCCUCCAGUACUCUUACCAGGCCGGCGAGUCUCUACCAAGGCGAAGAGCCGCGACCCAGUGAACGAGAAUGGGUAGCGGUGCGGUCUUUGUUACAAGAGAUGCGACAGAACAGCGACGAUGGAGAGGAGGACUUCAUUGAGUUCGAGAUUGAAGAUUUCGCCGUAUACAUUGACGCCACGGUACCAGGGGGCAAGCUUUACAACGAGAAACGGUAUCCCUGCGAGAUGCGUCCUCUGCAACAUUUGAGUAUCCAGACCGCAUGCACUCAAAUGUACGUCGACGGUGUCUUGUCCGUGGGAGAGAAGCGAUUUUUUGUUAGGCAAAUUCCUUUCGACGAAUUGCCCAUUGGGAACUACGGGGCAUCAGAGGCCACUGUCGGAUCCGAGAUUUGGAUACGCUCCAAAUAUAGCGUUGCCAUCGCCGAUAAGAAAGGCCCAGAUGUUUAUUAUCGGCUUGGAAGCCCAGCUACAGAGUACCGACGGUACCAUGUCGGGUUUAUUUGGAUUGCAGAUCUGGCUAAGCACGUGGUCGACUAUCUCUCCGCUGCUAUAGAGCAGAGUCGUCGUGUCACAUUUCGGGACUUCCGAUCCGACUUCUCACGAUGGCUUGCAGAUACGCAUAGUCACUCAGAUGCUUUCUCCAAAUGGCGGCGGCAAUAUUCCGGAGAGGACUUUUGCACAGCAAUUGUGCCAAACGUCGAAUUCAUCUAUAAGGAAGUUUAUGGAGUCCUUGGACACCGUAAAGCCACAACGAUCUAUCUCUGGAGAGAAAUUCGCGAGUUCACUGCAUUCGCUGAUAGCCAGAAGAAGAUACUCCGGGCCGCUGGGAGUGAUGCUUAUACGCCACAGACUUCACCGUCGCCAACGCCAAAGUCGACUCCAAAGACACGUCAGCCAGCUGACAUACCUAGAACAGUGGUAACUCCUUACGUUAACGACUUGUUCCAUCAUUUACCCUGUGGGCUGAUGAUGGAGGCAACCAGUCCGAGCGCAGACGUGGAAAAGAUCCGAAAUGGCGUCAUCCAGGGCCUAGGCUUGGAGGAGGCUAUAAGAAUCCAUACAGCGCCUAAGGUCAUACUUGAGAAGACCGGACAGGAAGUACGAGUCGGAGAUGUGAUUUCCACGCAUAGAGACGACAACGAAGACCAUUGGGUUCGAGAAGCUGCUACUGGCUUUAAUGAUGUCGACUGUUGGUUUGGACUCGUUCAAAAGGUCCACAACGUCCGCAAUUCACGGCAGAAAAGUUUUGACGUCAUAUGGAUUUACACGCCUACCCACACGCUCUGCGGUACUAUGAGAUAUCCAUGGAACAACGAGCUUUUCCUCUCUGACCACUGUACCUGCCGCGACUCUGCCGUCGGAAAGAUCAAAGAGGAUGAGGUACUGGCAGUACAUAGGGUAGACUGGGGAGGUUCGUCUGGAACAGAUGCAGAGUUUUUUUGUCGGCAAACGUACCUCCAUGAGGAGCGAAAAUGGAUUACAUUCAAAGAGCAACAUCUGCGAUGCCCUCACCGCCAAGGUAGACUGGAAUUUUCUUACCUGGUUGGAGACACUUUGUUGGUAAGCCUAGAGUCAGAUGACGCUACAGUCGAGCCUUGCGAGUUAGCAACUCUCCCCGACGCCGAUGGUAAAGCAACCUUUCGCCGCCUGGAGCGCAGACAUCGCCUGCAGCCUGACAUGAAUGUUCCACCGAACGAACUUGUCUACACCGACGAAGAGUUUACUCUUGGACAGGAAAACAUCCAUGGUAGAUGUCUCGUUCGAGUCUUCGGCCCCGACGAAAAGAUACCACCACCAUAUGAUCGCAAUGGCGUGGGCAAUGCCUUCUACAUAACGAAGCGAUGGCGAAACAGUGUCAUGAGUCCCAUUAUUGAGGAUGCUUCCACUCUAUCGCUCAGACAGGGAUUCGAUCCCAGGAAGCAGUUUCAAAAGCUCCGGGGCUUCGAUCUCUUCUGUGGAGGUGGGAAUUUCGGUCGCGGCCUUGAAGAAGGCGGGGCGAUCGAGAUGAACUGGGCCAACGACAUCAACACCAAGGCCAUCCAUACUUACAUGGCCAAUGCUACCACCAAUACCGUCCAUCCUUUCGCUGGAUCGAUCGACGACCUCCAACAGCUUGCCCUGCAAGGGAAGUUUUGCGAAAGGGUACCUGAGAUCGGGAUGGUCGACUUCAUUUCGGGUGGUAGUCCAUGCCCUGGCUUCUCACGCUUGACCAUCGACAAGGCCACUUCCGAGCAACGCAAGAACCAAUCACUAGUGGCAGCAUUCGCUUCGUUCGUUGAUACGUACCGACCUCGCUACGGUCUGCUUGAGAAUGUGAUGGAGAUCCUUCAGCCGAAGGGGCGCCGAGGCGAGGAUGUGUUCAGCCAGUUGAUUUGCGCACUCGUCGGGCUCGGCUACCAGGCAGAGGUCUUCUUGUUAGAUGCCUGGAACUAUGGAUCUCCGCAAAGUCGAAGUCGAGUUUUCUUAUGCUUUGCUGCGCCUGGCCUGGCUCUUCCCGAUAUGCCUCUCCAUUCUCAUUCUCACUAUACGGCUAAGAUCCGUAGUCGAGGAUUGGGAUGGAUUCCUAACGGCAAGUCAAUGGUCGACCGGCUGGUGAUGCCCACCCCCUUCAAGUUUGUCAGCGCACAAGAGGCGACGGCUGAUUUGCCUGACAUCAAGGAUGGAAAGGCAGACUGUUGUAUCAAUUAUCCCGACCACAGAGUCGCCGUCGGUGUUACCAACAGAUUACGCACACAGAUGGGUGUCAUCCCAAUGCACCCACAUGGAAUGAAUUUCCGCAAAACUUGGAACAAAGGAAAGGGAGUCAUGACCCUGGCGGAGAGGAACCUCUUCCCGGAGAAAGGCGAACGGGUUAACGAGCUUAUAUCCAACUCCUGGGGACGAGCGUUACCAGGCAAGGUCAUGCCGACGAUUACAACUACUCCCGCACCCACAGAUGCCCGCGUUGGAUUCAUCAUGCAUUGGGAACAGGAUCGCGUUUUGACGAUCAUGGAAGCGCGGCGCGCGCAAGGCUUCCGAGACCACGAGGUCCUCCUCGGGGCACCCAAAGACCAAUGGAAGGUCAUCGGAAACAGUGUGACUAGGGAGGUGUCGUUAGCGUUGGGUAUCUCCUUUCGCCAGGCGUGGUUGGGAUCUCUGGUUGACGGGGAUGAAGUCGCACCAAGAAUCCACAUUCUACACGACCUCUCUGAUGAUGUGCGAAUGAUGGACACGCCGCCUCUAGCGGAGUCGCGUACCAGUAUAUCUGGCUCGGCAUCGCCAGCGUCAUCGUCGAGUCGCGCCGUGCCUGCGAAGCGUCCUCUUGGAAGCACAUUUUUGGUUGAGCGGUUCACGUUUAAGAUGACGAAAUCAAGCCGGACACAGACACCGAGGGGAAGUAGCAAUACAGUUGAGGCGGAGGAUGAGAUUCAGGCCGAAGUGACGACCUCCUUGGUGACCUCGGACAUUGAGAUCAUUGAGAUUGACUAG